ACUUUGAGUCCACAAAAUGAAAUCUUCUUCCGCUUCUUGAUACUCUACUACUUUCAUUAGACGGAAAACGGCGGCGAAUACGAUGGCCAUGGCGGCGCCAGGAAAUCUUAGACGGGAGCAGAGCGUGUACAUGGCCAAGCUAGCAGAGCAAGCAGAGCGUUACGAGGAGAUGGUGAAGUUCAUGGACAACCUAGUCGUCGCCACCGCCACGUCAGGCUCCGAGCUGACCGUGGAGGAGCGCAACCUUCUGUCGGUGGCUUACAAGAACGUCAUCGGAUCUCUCCGUGCGGCCUGGCGAAUCGUUUCGUCGAUCGAGCAGAGGGAGGAGUCGCGCAAGAACGAUGACCACGUCAUCCUCAUCAAGCUCUACAGAUCCAAGGUUGAGUCCGAGCUCUCGGCCGUUUGCGCCGGAAUCCUCAAACUCCUCGAACACUAUUUAAUCCCCUCUGCUUCCUCUUCAGACUCCAAGGUUUUCUACUUGAAGAUGAAGGGCGAUUACCAUCGUUAUCUGGCCGAAUUCAGGGCUGGUGAUGAGCGGAAAGAAGCCGCGGAGGACACUAUGCUUGCCUAUAAAGCUGCCCAGGAGAUUGCAGUUGCACAUCUAGCGCCUACACAUCCUAUACGAUUGGGAUUGGCACUCAACUUCUCAGUAUUCUACUAUGAGAUUUUGAAUACAUCAGAAAAAGCUUGUAGUAUGGCUAAACAGGCAUUUGAGGAAGCUAUUGCUGAGCUAGACACAUUGGGUGAGGAGUCUUACAAGGACAGCACUCUUAUCAUGCAAUUGUUGCGGGAUAACCUCACCCUAUGGACUUCAGAUAUGCAGGCAAGUCAUUGAGGCUCCAUAAGCAUUACCAAAUGUGCCUUAAUUAACUACUUGUGUUUGAUUCUCGAUUGCAUUUUCCAUCAGCAUUUUGCACACUUUGUAGUAGUUCUUUUCUACCAAUACAUUUUGUUAGUUCAAAAAUGAAAAAGUAGACUGUCAAGGGAAGCCUGGAAUAGAGGCUUUUAGUAUGAAUCCCAGUAAUUGCAAUUGGAAGUGAAAUUAACAAUCUCUAUGGUUGAUGCAGGACCACAUGGAUGAAGCUUGAGCUGAACUUUUUCAAUUGAUCAAUUUUUAUAAUGUACAAGCAUGAAUAGUGAUGUCUUCUGUAUUUAUAUCAAACGCGCAGUAUUUGCUUGCUUUUGAUCACAUAUGUGAUAUGUUUAUUUCACUCAUGCUGGUUUGAAGCCUCUGAUGACAUCUUGUUGUGAACGCUGGUUUCCGUGUUAGCCAGCCAUUGCCCAUUGCAAUGUAUGUCAUCUUGUAAAAUAAAAUAGAGUUCAUUUCUUAUUGUAUAUUAAUCCAAUAUUUGAUUGGGUUCAAGUUUAAAAAUCUAUGCGAGAAUUGGUGUUAUUAACACAAUUACUAGUUUACUAGUCUUUGUGGCAUUGGGGUAAUGAUUUUAUGGUGGUAUCAUCUAUGUUUCAAGUUUUACAUUUUCAUGUUAUUUGAUACAAAAAGUAUGUAAUACUUCCUCGAUCCUUGACCGUUAAUUCACUUUUUUCUAUUUUGAAUGUCCC